AAAUAUUGUUUGUUGCUUAUGCGAACCAGCCUGGUGGUGCCUCUCUUGGCGGAUUCUCCUAUAACAUCUCUCCCUUUCUCCCUGGAUUUUUCUGUAUCUGUCUCCACCCACUUCUCCUUAUGACCACUUUUUCCAAUGCCCAGAUGAGGAUUGAAGGGGUUGGAGCUGAGAAGCUGUUUGGUUGGUAUUGAAGUUGUGGAGAUAGAACCAGUCAGGUAGGACCAUGGGUGCAUCAUCUCUCCAAAAGCUUGGAAGCUCCUAAAUAUUUGCUGUUCAUUUGGUUAUUCCUCAUCAAUUCUAACAUGCACCGGAGGCUUCUUGGUGUCAUCUCUAUGAUGUUCUUCAGUAUUAUAUUCCUCUUCAGUUGAUGAUAUUGUUGUGCUAGUGCCUGUUUCAAAAUGAACAACUCAUAUGAUGAUGAUUAUGAUGAAGCAACUGUUGCAGGAUUUGAAGUUAUAAGAUCACCUGAUACAAGUUACAACAAUACGUAUCCUGGGAAUGAAGAUGAAGCACGUGAUCCACCCAUUGUCCCUCCACACCUUCAACAGACCUUACUUAGUUAUCCAGCAAGCGGAGACACUACUGGAACUCUUCCUUUGCCACCAAAUGUGACCCUCAACCAUCUUUACAUUGAGAAUCGGGAGAGCCCCCGGUCUGUGGUUGCACUUGGAUUCACUCAUCGCUUUCGUUCUAAAUUUGUUACUGUUGUGCUUUACAAACCAGUUCAAAGAAAGGGGGCUAGCAGCACUUAGAACAUGCAUUUUAGGAUACACCUAUAUUAGAAUUGGUUAUGUCUAGUCCUCAUUGUGAUCCAAUUAGUGGUAUAGACCCAAAUGAAAAGUAGUGGUGAAAGGUAUCAAUCGUCUUACAGAAAUUCAAGAACCUAGGCCUGUUCAACUUCUUUGUAGACUUGAAAUGGAUUAGUGUGCAGCUAUAAUAUGAAAUUCUGAUUCAAGUA